AUGUCAACCAGCGACGCAGACGAAUUCAUUCAAGCAUGCAAAAGUGGAGAUUUGCCUCUGGCCCGCAAGUUGUUUCGUCCUUUCACAAUUGAUGAUGAAUGUAGCAAAGGCGGUGAAUGCUCUUUACUGGGCUUGUUUAGAGGACACUUUGAAAUUGUAAAAUUCUUGAUUGAUGAAGGAGCCGAUGUUAAUUUUGAAAAUAUUUUCAAUGAAAACAACGACACGACACAACGUGUGGAAACAGCCCUUCAUGCGGCCGUUGAAGCAAACCAUCCAAAUAUUGUUUCUCUCUUGUGGGAAUUGGAAGAUAUUGAUCCCGACAUUGAAAAUCAUAAUGAAGAAACGGCUCUAGAUCUUGCAAAGAAAUUGAAUUAUCACGAGUGUGAGGAAAUUCUCUCAAAAACAUCAGAAACAAAGAAGAGAAAAUUUCACAUGACAGCGAUGAUGACGACAAGGAUUCCAAAAGUUCAAAUUCGCCAAUUGAGUUACCCUCUCUGUGCUCAAAGAAGAUUCUCCAUUUAUUCUCGAAUCAAAUCCAGACAUUUUGUGGAUACCCACUUGGUUCAAAAGCAACGUACACAGAACACCACUCAUUUUGUGCAACAGAACUCCCAACAUGAAUCAGAUUCAAUCAAGGAUCAAGCUGAGAAACAAAAUCAACACUCAGCAGAAAUUGACUUUGACAUUACCUAUGAAUCCUACAUUAACAAUAUUUGUGAAGUGAAACAAAAGAAUUUGGCAAAUGUCAUUUGCAAAGUGAUGCGUUAUUUCGUACCCAUGUGGGAACAGCAUUACAGUAUUCAUUACAGUCCUUGUGACGUUACCUUUGAUCGCUUUCAAGUCAUUGUCAAAGCAGCCACAAUAGUGGUCCAUCCUGACAAACCCUAUUAUCCUGGAGGCACUUGGCACACAGAAGGAUUGGAUGAGAAUAUUGUUGCCACUGGAAUUUAUUACUAUCACUCGGAAAAUGUGAAAGAAAGUUUUUUGGAUUUUCGUCAAAACUUAACAGAUCGUGAACUGAGAGAUUAUGGAGCUCCAGAGGGCACACUUUCCUUUGAAUUAUUGGGAAGUGUUGAAACAAAACAAGAUCGAUGCAUUGCAUUUCCAAACAUUUUUCAGCAUCGUGUGAAACACUUUUUCCUCUCGAUCCCACUCGUCCUGCCAUUCGAAAGAUUUUAG